UAGUCAACGAAAAAUCAUACCACCAAACUUUUCCGUCUGCUAAAGACUGCUGACGUUUCUUGAAUUGCGUGUGCGUCGGUGGAGUGAUUUUUUGUUUGUAAGCAAAUUAAAAAGAAAAGAAAAAGCUGUGUUAAAUGCUAUUUUAUGAUAUUGAUUACGAAUUUUUUUGCAUGCCCCUUGUUGCGGACACUAGUGGCGUUUUUUCAUUCUCAACUUGGUUAUUUUAUAAUUUAGUCUGGAAUUAAAUUGUUAUUGUAAUCCAAUUAUUGUUUGAAACCAUUAAAUUUCUUCCUAAUAAUACUGCACAUAAUCCAGGAGCUUAAAUUGAGCAAGUUGUGGGGCAAUCUGUUAUUAAAAUAAUUAAACUGUGGGCCGAAUGGGUUGUAUGUUUAUAACUUGGAAUCAUGUCGAGAAAGCGUCCUAGGGAAGAAAUUACUGAAAUGCCCCUUCUACAACAGCCAGAUGUAACAAUGCCUAUACAAAUGUCCAUUCACAAGAUGGCUCCCUUCAGCGAUGAUUUCGAUGCGAUUGCGGAGCGCGAUCGCUGCGACUACACGACCAGAGUCACGUACAAGAUGGCAAAGUCUGGCAGAGUGUCGCGACCAAUACGGGUUUACGCGGACGGAAUUUACGAUCUGUUCCACCAAGGACAUGCCCGUCAGCUGUUGCAAGCGAAGAAUGUGUUCCCCAACGUUUACCUCAUAGUUGGAGUGUGCAGCGACGAGCUGACGCACAAGAGGAAGGGGCGGACCGUGAUGACGGACUUGGAGCGCUACGAGGCCGUCAGACACUGCCGCUACGUGGACGAGGUGGUGCGGGACGCCCCCUGGGAGCUGGACGACGAGUUCCUGGAGAAACACAAGAUCGACUUCGUGGCUCACGACGAGAUCCCGUACGGCACGGAGGACUGCCAGGACGUGUACGCGGGGCUGAAGGCGAAGGGCAUGUUCGUGGCCACGGAGCGCACGGAGGGCGUGUCCACCUCGGACAUCGUGGCGAGGAUCGUGCGCGACUACGACAUCUACGUGAGGCGGAACCUGGCGCGCGGCUACAGCGCCAAGGAGCUCAACGUGUCCUUCCUCAACGAGAAGAAGUUCCGCCUGCAGAACAAGAUGGACGAGCUGAAGGACAAGGGCAAGAAGGUGAUGGAGAACAUCGGGGAGAAGAAGGUGGACAUGAUCCAGAAGUGGGAGGAGAAGUCGCGGGACUUCAUCGAUGCCUUCCUGCUGCUGUUCGGGAGGGAGGGACGACUGUCCCACAUCUGGAACGAGGGCAAGGGGCGUCUGAUGCAGGCGCUGUCGCCCCCCGGCAGCCCCCGCGAGGGCAGCCCCACCUCCUCCACCGGCAACGACAAGGACGAGGGCGUCAGCCCGCCGCCGCCCAAAGCCGGGCGUUACGACUUCUCGCCAGGCUCGACGAACCACGCUGCGACCAGCAGCAGCCUGACGGACGACUACUCUGACGACGAAGACGAGCGCCAAUCCAAGUGAAGACUGACCGGCAGCAUCGAGAGCCGUAGCUUUAGCCUGCUUCUGCCGUGGGGAGAAGUUCUGAAUCCCGAACCCCUGUUACUCUAGCGAGGCUAGUUUACUUUUCCCUACCUUCCGUUUCGCUUUCUUCCUCGAUGCUCGUCACGGGAGCAAUGUUUGUACUUGAAAAAUUACCAUGGUUUUUAGCAGUCACCAUCAUUAUAUCUAUAUAUAGGCUUUAAUUUUAAUGAUGUGUUAUUGGCCAUGCUGGCUAGGCAAAUUGAAAUAUAAAAUAACUGUUAUUUAAUUUAUUGUUUUGUCUGUUUUUUGGUUUGCAACAUUUAGUAAUGUUGCAUAGUCAAAGCCAAUUGUGAGACAUGUGUACAUUAGAAAUUGUAUUGUGAGUCACAAAAUUGAAUAUAGUUGUGUUAUCUAUAUUUUAUUUUGGCUUUUAUUACAUUUGUUUAUCUUCAAUGAAUAUUCUGCAAUAGGUUACUACAAGCAAGCUAGAACACAGGGACAAUUUUUAACUGUGUUUUAUAUAUUGUUGAUUAGUGAAAACCAUUUUUUUUUUCUUUGAGACUUAUUGCAUGUAGUGAGGCAAAGAGGUAAGCUCUUUUGUCGGUUUCCAUACCAAACCAUUUUAGAAUAUGGAUUUUUGGGACAAGAAUCUAAAAUUUGUGAGAGUUUGACUACAGAGCGGCCCAGGGACAAAAUGAUUUGUAAACACUAUGUCACUGAUGUCUUGUAUCAGUAAGUUUUAUGCAUUGUGUUAUUUAUUUUUUAACUCUACUUAUACUAUGAAUGAAUGCUCAUGAAUGUGUGUGCAUAUUUUAAUAUAAACUGUACUGUAGAGUUUUGAGUGUGCAUCUUUUUUUGCAGGAAAUUAGUAUUACUGUAUGAAGGUAGUGAGUGGAAAACUUCGAAUCUUGUUGAAAAUAUUUUUUUCCUCCAGAAAUUUUUUUGCAAAACUGUACAUUUCUACUAACUAAUAUUCAAUUUCAGGUAUGAUUUCAAUUUCAUGUAAGUCUUGAAUGCCAAUUCAUCACUUUAAUUGAUACAGAUUCAACACAAUUUUAAUUGAAUAAUUUUGCUAUGUAAGACUGAUAAUCCUCAAACGAUUGAGACUACUGUAAAUUAAUACAUGUGUUCAAGGUACUAAAGUAUUGUCCAUCAUCACCAGUAGAAAAUUUUUGAACAUACGAGACUGCAUGGAGCUUACCUCAAUCUGUGUACGUGCAUUUUUUAGUCUUGAAAUUGUUUUUAAUGUUGUCAUCAAUUUUAAAGAGACAAUGCUACAUAAUAUUUCUGUCACAUGUGCUUUAAAAUGAUAAUUGGUGUUUUUUUAAACAGAACAAGCAAUAUAUUGUUGAGAUCUGAACUGUGGAAUUUGCACAAUUUAUAUUUUUAUAUGGAUUAUUUUAAUAGCCUUGGGUUUUUUCGUGGUAGUCUGCGGGUGUCUUGUUUCAAAUGAAGUGUGAUGUCCGGCUAGAAGCUCCAUUGCGUGUGAUGUGCUGAUAGGUCAGUACUUUGUACACACAUACAAUUUCGUCAGUUUGAAUAAAUAAAGAGCUUUACAGGAAAA